AGAACAGAAAUACGUAAUGUGCGAUGAAGAAGAGAAGGAACGAAAUGGUCGUUCAGAAUUUGACAUUGGUACAAGAGGUCGUAAUUACCGAAGACGAAAUUUCGGCAAUGGACGUCAUUUUAGCGGACAGGAUGAUGGAGAUCAGCGAGAAAGGCGACGACAUGUCGGUUUAGAAGAAGACGAUAUUUCAUGCAAGCGAAAACGACAUGGUUCAGAUGCGGUGAAAGAUGAAAUUAUGUACAAAUUAACAGAGCUGCUAACACGUGUUGGUGAGAAGAGCAGUUCAUCAUUAGAAUCAAAUUUGGAAAGUCUAGCGCAAGUUUUGGAAACGGAUUUGGACACGUACAAAGAACACAUCAUUGAAAUUCUCGUGAACUGUAUAUGCAAUAUGCCGGAUAAAUUGACGGUUUAUUCCACUUUGGUUGGGUUGCUGAAUGCUAAGAAAUACAAUUUCGGUGCGGAGCUUUUGGACAAACUGCUUUCGAGAUUGGACGAAUUGAUGAAAGCGAAUGAUUUUGAUCACGCUUUAUACGUUGUGAUAUUUUUUUCUGAUUUGGUCAACUGUAGGGUGAUCACACUGGAUUCAUUCGUAGAUUUCCUUGGCGAUCUCGUAAACAGUGCUUCCCAAGCAGGGAUACCGCAGGUAAGACGUGAUUGGUUUAUCUAUGUGUUUCUGCAUUGUCUUCCUUGGGUUGGCCAAGAGCUUGCCGAAAAAAAUGAAGACCAGUUAAGUGCUAUGUUGGACACUGUUGAAAAAUAUCUGCACUCGCGAAAUAAGGAGCAUGUGAAGAUUCUGCAAGUUUGGACAAGAUCUAUUCACGAACAAGAAGAAUAUUUGGAUUGCUUAUGGGCGCAAAUCUUGAAAUUACGGUCUGACAGAUGGAGGGAAAAAUUUAUCACCCGUCAUUAUGUUGCUUUUGAUGGGACAUUAGCGGAUGCGUUACAGCAUAGUUUGCCAAGCUUUGAACCACCACCACAUACUCCGAACAGUAUCUAUCCUCUUCCGAGUGUGGUGUUCCGCUUUUUUGAUUACGCCGAUUGCCCAGAUGAUGGACCGCUUCUUCCUGGGGCGCAUUCUAUAGAACGAUUCCUGGUUGAAGAGGAAUUACGGUGGAUCUUGGAUCAGGAAAAAACAAACAGAAAGAGAUGUGCAUCAAGGUUAUUGGAAUACGAUAAACGCACAUUAGUACCAAUAAACUAUGUUAUAUUAGAAGUGAUCUUUUCACAGUUGUUUCAUUUACCCGAGGCACCUACUCGGCCAAUAUUUUAUGGAAGUUUAUUGAUCGAAUUGUGCAAAACUAAAAGUAUGCCUCAGGUAAUAGCACAAGCUGCCGAAAUAUUCUACCAGAGGAUAGAUUCGAUGCAAGUUGCUUGUAUCGAUAGGUUAAUCGAUUGGUUUAGCUAUCAUAUGUCAAAUUUCGAGUACCGAUGGUCAUGGUCGGAUUGGAGUGACUGUACUGAAUUAGAUCGUCUUGCUCCAAAGCAUAUAUUCGUACGGGAGGUACUGGAUAAGUGUAUGCGGCUAUCAUACCACCAAAGAUUAGCAGAGUUCUUACCUCCUGCAUUUGAAAAAAUGAUACCACAGAAACCUGUUAUAUCCUACGAUCUCAAUGAUGAUGAACAUCCAGACCGUGACUUUGCUAUAACUCUCGAAAAAGCCUUUCGCGAGAAAAUAUCAGCUGAUGAGAUGAUUGAUUUAUUGCGUAGCAAAACUGGAAAUCGAAUGGAUAUCAACUCUAGAUUAUCUAUUUUUUUCAAAGUACUGCUUUAUUUAGCUCGAAAAACUUUCAGUCACAAUUUUGCUGCAUUAACGAGAUAUUACUCAACUCUGAAGGAGUUUAUUGGCGGUAGAGAGGAUGGGCAAUUAACUAUUUUGCGGACGCUUUAUGAGACCUGGAAGCUCCAUGGACAGAUGGUAAUAGUACUGGUGACAAAAUUAUUGAAAAUGUCGCUGGUUGACGCUAGUGCUGUUGUGGCUUGGUUAUUCAGUGAGGAGAUGAAGCCUGAGUUUGAACGAUUAUGGAUUUGGGAAGUACUAAAUAGAGCUCUCGAACAUGUCAGUGGGCAUGUUCAUCGAAGUAGACAAGCAAUCGAGAACGCGAAGUUGAAAAAAGAGCAGAAAGAAUUGGAUCAUGAGAAGGAUGAUUUUGAUAUGGAAACAGAUGAACAUGACAUGACCGAUCCUAAUACGGUGGAACCAACUGUUAAAGAAAGUGAAUUUGCUGAUUUGCAUGAGUGCCUGAAAAACUUACUUCUUGACGUGCUUCAUAAGUUUAUCGUUACCUUGGCGGAACACAUCGUCAACAGCGAAAGCAGUGGGAGUGAUUUCCAGAAUAACUGGUACUUGUACGUCACUGGACGUUUCAAGAAUGUAUUUCUAAAGCAUUGGAAGGACUUAUUUGAAUUUCGGGAAGCGCUGGAGAAAGAGCUUUUUAAGGAAAUCGCUAUCGAUAACAAUGUGAUGGAAAAUUACAAUCAGUUUAAAGCACUUAUGGCGUAAGGAGAGGUAAUCACAAUGCUGUGUUUUUGCUGUCAAUCAUAGAAAUGUAUGGAAUUGGAAUUCACACUUAAAACUGAUUUUUGACUGUUAAAUUCUUUCAAUGAAAAGACAGGGAAUGUUCAAAUGGAAAAAUUGAAAUCUUGGAUGUGGAAAAUUUCAGCCUUAAUUUCUCUCCACAUCUGCCUUUUCGGGAUGAACUUUAAUGUGACAACAGU